AUUUUUUAACUUUUUUGUGAUCUCGCUCUAGCUGUGUGUGUGUGUCUUUGCCUGCCACACACAGCGUAUCAUGACAUAAAACUACAGCACUCAAGCAGUUUGUCUUUCAUGCAGUCUGGUCAACAGUAGCAGGUGAGGAGUAAUCAGGAGUUCGUGGAGAGUGUUAGGUUGAGGCAGAAACACGGCGAGGAAGAGGAAGAUGGGGGCAGGGUUACUUUUAGUUUGCCCAAAAUAUAAACUGAGGAAACACGGCUGUGCACACAACCACAUCACCCCAGAGAUGAAAAGAAGAACUCAGAGUUUCAAUUUCUUAAAGAUGACUUCAGCAUUCAGGACCAACAACAUGAAAAGCAGUUUCCUGCUCAUUAUGUUCCUGCUGACAGCCUGUGAGAUGUCACAACAGAAUGAAUGCAGAACAUGGGUUGAAGUCACCUGCAAGACACUAAAAACUAAAGAAACACAUAAACAUAAACACAUAAAGUGUGAAAGCAACCAAAUCCCAAACGUGGUCUUCAUGGAACUUAACAGUGAGGAAUCCUGUAAGAAAAUGUGCAAAAAUUCAUCUGGCAAAGAGAAACCAUCUGUGAAACGCGUAUGCCUGAAGCAAUUUAAUCAAAUUGCGUACAGAACAACUAAAACCACGAUCAAAUGUGAUUAUGAAGGAGACAACAAACCAUUUUUUUUCUGCAAAGAGACUAACUCUGUCUGUGAGAACAUGGUAGAAUCUCCUCGACAGUCAAACAGCAGAUUCACUUUCACAAAGACAAACAGAAACUUCAGCCUGUCCAUCAGUAACGUGUCCUCACAGGAUGAAGGUGUCUACUGGUGUGGAGUGAAAUUAAAAAAAGAGGUCGCGCUCCAAAAAAUACAACUGGAUGUGGAACAUAUUACUAAUUUCACAAGAUCACCAGCUGCUGGUCAGAACUUCUCAUACUGGUGUAAAUGCAAAGAGAGGGCCUCACCUUCAAAAUCAAUCUGUAAGGGAGACGAUCCAUCUAUAUGUCAAACUCUAGUAACGACCAAUGAGCCUGAUAAGAACAAGAAGUUUUACAUAAAUGGUAAAGACAAGACAAAUAUUACUGUUACAAUAAGAAAUGUAACAGCAGAUGACAGCGGGACAUACUGGUGUCGAGCGACAAACAACAACCAACAAAUCUGCAACAGACUGAUCCUGACUGUAGGAUCACCAACAACAUCCACGUCUACCAUUUCAUCAACUACAGCGACGACUACAGCGACGACUACAGCAAUGACUACAGCUGCAGCUGCAGCUGCUGGGAGACGUGGCGUCUCUGAGGCCAUCAUUUCUGUGAUCGUCUGUGUGGCUGUGCUGCUUUUUGUGAUACUGAUGAUCCUAAUGUAUAAACGAUUUUCACGUUCAAAAAACACAGGAAAUGGUGCAGCAGCACGCCGUACCAAAGAGGACUGUACCUAUGACGAGAUACAGGAGCGCCUCCAGCUGCCAGACUCAGAAAAUGCAACAAACACAAUUUAUGCCACCGUCAGCUCUCCAAACCCUGUGCCCUCAACACAUUAUGCUACCAUUAACUUUCAAAACUCCGAUAAAGCUGCUGGUGAGACAGUCAGACUCGGCUACUCUGCCUGUGAAUAUUCUACUGUGAAGUUUCCCAAAUGUCGAACUGACUCGAGUGACACCCAACUGUACCCGCCGACCGAGGAGCCGCUCUACUCAACAGUCAACAAGCUAAGAAAAUGAGAUCAUUUAUUUAAAGAAUAUAGCAGAUUUAUGAAUAAAAAUAAUGUAUUUAGUGUUUGAGUCACAGUGAUUUUGUGAUGGUGUUUUGGUGCUGAUCUUCUGAGAUCUUAGAUUUUAUUUCCCUGUGAAGAUGAUUAUUAAAGCCUAUCAGGAAGAUACGGACCUGCCUCUUUCACAGGAGGAGAAGCCAACAAAGAGGUCAAGUGCUUUUGCGCCACACUGUGGUACGAUACACAACAUCCACACUUAGAGCCACUGACUUUAAACACAAUGAAUGUGAAAGUAUCCUAAGCAUCUGGAUUGAAUAAUAAUAUAUCAAAAGAAUUAGCUGUUAUUUAUAACUUAACUCUCUACAGCACAGCAUUGCUGCUGGGCAACAACAUGCCCAGUACAUGUGAAAUGAACUGAGACAACCAAUCAGAGUGUUGGAAAAAGUAUCAAAUUUCAGUCCUAUAAGAUGUUCGAGUCACUGUCGAGCAGUAUUAGUACGGUGGGGCAUCCUGUUCUGACACAUGGUCACAGGACCAGAUGAUGUGUGAAGCUGCCAUUGUAAGUGUAAUUAAAAUGACAAACUGUAAAUAAAAGAGUACAUGUGAGUGUAAGAAGAUAUAGAGGGGUUUUUUCAUGUUUCAUGCUGUGUUUUCAUUUGAAUGUUAAAAAAAUGUUUUUUCCUUCUUUCCGUUGCCCUUGUGUGAUAAAGGGAACUUUUUAAGGGAGCCAUAUGUAAUAUAUACACACACAUAUAUAUAUAUGCAUGUAUGUAUAUACCACUCCUAUGUUCUUUGUCCCACUUCAGUCUAAGAUCGUCUGUAACCAUGUAACCAAAACUAUGAAUUGUAAUUUUAAAUGGUUUAAAAGUAUAUAGAAUAGCAUAUGUAGGCAAGUAUAUUUCUCCUUUUGUUAUCAAGAAGCAAAGACAGAAAGGGGAAAAAAAGAACAAACAGGGCAGGGUUUGGUGGUUGAAUCAUCCGUCCCCACCAAUGCCAAAACCAAAUCUACGCCCUUGGACUAUAAAAGUCAAAGUGAAUUGAAUCAAGAGUAAAGAUGAGGAUUCCUGUGUGCACAGAAACAAAAAAGUGAUGUGUCUGAAGUGCAAUGUGCACCUCUGUUUUACAGCACAGAACUCUCUCUUCAACACUUUCUAUUGUUUUUAUUGCUUUCAGUUGUGUUAUGAUCUAUGAGUUAUGUUUAUAUAUAUACUGUUGUUGCACAAUAUUUCCUCUAAGCAAUGAAAAAUAUCUUGAAGAGGUUGUCUGGAAUACAUUUUUUGUAUCAGUCAGUAAAUGAUGUUAAAUCAUUUCCAGCAUGUACCACGAAAAUGUGUGCAGUAGUAGUUAAACAGUUUGCUUGACUUCAAUAUUUUCAUGCUUAAAUAUAUCCACGGUGCUGUGUGUAUCGGACAUAUUGUUUACAUCAGUGUUUUUGCUUUGUAAGAGAUAAUUUACCCCUGCUGUACAUAGAAACCGCCUGGAAACUGUCCGUCUGUCUACGGUGCAGUUUUAUGAGUUAUAAUGUGACCAGUUUUAAUCGGGGGGAUAAUUUAUCAUGUUUAUUCAACAACUGUUUGUCAGUUUUAUAUUUGUCAUACAUUUCAUUAAGAAGACACGAACUGCACGAGUAUUCUGUCUGUGAUACUAGAAUCAAUUUGUCAGUUUGUUACUAUUCUCCUUUUAAUGAGGUUUUUAAUGAGCAGCGGAUACAGUAGAUGGCAGCAUUGAGCUCUUGGUUGCCUCAGAAAAUACAACCUAAAAAUCUGUGGCAAAACAGAAAAACAAGCAAUUCCAUAAAGCAGGUUUUAGAGAUCCCAGCAAUGAAAUCAACAUUAGAGUCUAACAGGAGGUCAAAGGGGAGACAAGACUAUAUACACUUCAAAAAAAAAGAGAGAUCGCUUGGAAGACCUGAACAUUGUUUAUUGAGACAAAAUAAUUAAUGUAUUUGGUGAUUUGACUUAUUUCAGACACAACCGAAUGCAGAGGGGCAAAACUACUGGUUCAUAACAAGGCAGAGGACACCAAGAGGGGGAAACACUGAGUAGCGAAAGACCGCGUGGGGCCUGAAAACGAUGUGCAGGGAGUUCGCUGUUCCCAACGGCUCUAGUGACCCUCGAGCUCCCGACUCGCUAUCAAGGAGCACUUCGGAGCACUUUUGCAAAUAUGUGAUAUCUUGUUAAACCGAGAAGAUAUUUGAA